AUGGAGGCCACAGAGCUGCCUGCGCUGCCCCCAAGCCGGCCGUCGAGCAGGGCGCGCAGCCCCGCCGCAGAGGACAGCAGCCUCCGCACGGCGCCGCCAGUCAGCCCGCCGACCCCGCCUACCCCAGUCCCAGCGACACCGCCCUCCAACAACCACAUCCUCACCUCCUCCGUCGACGAGCUGCAGCAGCUCUUCGCGCGCCAGCUCGUCGGGCCGUCGAGAGAGAUGCCCGGCUCGCCGGUGCUCCGGCGGGGCCCGUCCCCGACUAUUGCUGACGUUGACGUCGACGGCGACGAUGACGAGGGCGCCGAGAAUGCCAAGAAGGCGCCUGUUGUUCGCCUGCCUCCGGUCGAGGAGAACUCGGACACGGUGGCGCCGGUCGAGCUUGCCCCGCUCAUCACGACGGCAGAGGAAGGCGAGGAGGACGGGCAGGACGAGCUUGCGGCACUCGUCGCCGAGUGCGCAGCUGCCCAGCACGCUGAGGUUACGGACCCCGCUAGCCCCGUUGCUGACGACACGGCGACUACCCCUGCCGAUCUCAUCGUGGUUGCAGCCACCGAGCGGGCACGCACCCCAAGCCCCGCCCCGACGAUCACUUCUCUCAUGGCGAGAGCGGGGCUGAGCCCAUCGUCGUCGGGUACAAGCACCCCUGCUGCCCUCGGCACCACGCUGGAGCGGCUCGUGUCCAUCGAGCCACUGUGGCUCGAGUUCAAAUCUGCAUUCUACCGGUUCGAGAACGACCUCGGUGGCAUUGCGUCGGGCGUGCAUAAGGAGAUUGAGAGCCACAAGUGUGCCUCCGGCCCCCCCAAGGAGGAGGAGACGACGGCCCGCGCAGCCUCGGCCGAGCUUACUGCAAAGGUCGAGCAGCUCGAGCUCGAGAACUACGAGCUCCAAGUGUGCGAGCGCAAGGCACUCGAGGAGUCGGCGGAGAGCAAGCGGCUGCUGGAGGUGUUCCGAACCCAGCUGGAGAACGUCUCCAAGGAGCUCCAGGAGGUGCACGGCAAGUGCGACCAGGCAAACAAGGACCUCGAGGAGGAGCGUAGCCGGCACGAGGCCGAGCGCAAGCUGCGCGAGGCGAUGGAGAAGGCAAAGGUCGAGUCGGUAGCCGACCAUGCGCGACUCAACCUCAAGACGGUGGAGCUGGGCAAGCGGUACGUCGUGCUCGAGCACGACCUCGAGAUGGCGCACAAGGAGAACAAGUCGCUGCAGGCGCAGCUGGGCGAGGCGACGGCGACGGCGUUCGUGCUCGUGCUCGUCGAGGCCGAGGCACGAAUGUUCGACCCCCAGCUCCUAAGACAGGGAUAUUAUGGAGGCGCGCAGUACGCCGACGCGCUCAAGGCGGGCGCAGAGAAGCUGUAUAGCAUGAUGAACCCUGGCGAGUGCCCGAGGGUCGUUAUCGUUAUUUACUUUGACGCGGCCACCGUUGCCGACCAGCUCAAGGAGGUUGGGUGGGUCAAGAAUGACAACCAGAUCGACGACUUCCUCGAGGGGCUGUCUUCCUGGGACUUGACCACGCUCUCGGACGUCUCGGGGUCUUUUGGCGCGUCAACCAAGAUCAAGGCUCAGCUGGGCAUGCUUGGCAGCCUUUACCAGUGUCAGAUGAUCGUCCUCGUCGCCGGGCAGGACCGCAAGUACAUCGCCAAGCUCGACGAGCUUGGGCCCGAUAUCAAGAACAAGGUGACUGCCAUCCGUUCAACCCCGCUCGGCGAGGCCAAGAAUGACCCCUUCCGCUCCCUCGGUGACGACAGGCUGUACCACAUGCCUACGGUGUUUGCCACCUCCCAGGCAGAGUGGGACAGCAUCAGGUAUCGCCCUGCCCCUCGCCCCGCCGCCCCGCGCUCGCCUACCAACACGAUCUACCAUAACCCACAGCAGACCCCCCAGCGCCACGAGGAAUACAGCACGCCUCGUCCCCCAAGCAACCAGCGCAUGGCUCAGCCUACGCCCGCCAACAACUAUGGAUAUGAGCCUCAGCCGACACCGAUUCCACAGCACCGGUCGCACCAGAGCCAGGAGUACGCUCCACACCACUCGGCUGAUCCUCGCCACGACCCCCGCCACGACCCCCACCACGAUCCCCGUCGCGAGCGAGCUCAACACGGCCACGACCGUUCUGAUACCUACUACUCGAGGGCCUAUGACGGCAACGACUACGAUGGCAACGGCCACGGCUACUCGACACCCUCGGGCUACCAGCCUCAGAGAACGCCACAGCCAGAGCCCGACCGCUACCAACAGAGGUCGCCACAGCCACCUCGCGCAGAGGCAACCUCCCGCCCCCCGUGGCAAGAGUACCGCGCGUUCUCUCAGGCGGUCGACUCGACGCGCGCGCAGGCACAGCAGCACCAGCAGCAGUCGGUGAACCGCCCGCGCAGCCCGCACAUUAUCCACCGCCGCCCGGGGUCGUCGAUGGGCGGUUCUCCAGCCUCGAGCGACGAGCGUAACCCGCCUCUGCCGCACAUCCCCGCUGCGGCGAGGACUCACGUUGUGCGCCCGCCAACCUGGGCAGCAGCAGGUCAAGACAUUGCGCGCCCACAAACGUCCAACUCGCUCAUCUCGACGAUGACCGGACAAGGCAUGGGCGGCGGCCCACCGCCCAACUGGAGGGUCAAUCUGACCACUUACAACCAGGGCUAUAACCACCAAGUUCACUACCCCUCGGCGCAGACCCAGCAGGGGCAGGGCCAGCAGGGGGCUGGUGGCCAAUACGAGAGAUACCAGCGAAGCAACAGCUCUGACGAACGCGUUAAGCAGUGGCGGGCGUCCAGCGACUACUCGCGAUCGUAA